CAAUAUUUGUUAGAAAUUUGGUGGGAACAGAGACAGAGGAGAAAGACUAUCUGCGCCACCGUAUGACCAUUUCUAUUUUCUCCCACGCGCAGUGGAACAACAUUCAAUAUAUUGAAAAAUCAGAGAAGUAUGCUCCGGUGAAUUCGUGCAUAAAAGGUUGAGCAUCACAAGAAAGUGUUUGUGAAUCAAACAGACAUGGGUUGGAGCUGCUUUGGUUCCAAACGCGUACAAAAGAAAGAGAUAAACACUCAUCCGGAAUUAGAAGGUUUUCCUCUUGAUAACAUAAGGAAUUUUUCAUAUAGAGAAUUAAGAUUAGCAACCGAUAACUUUGAUCGAAGUGCAAAGAUCGGGCGAGGUGGUUUUGGAGUCGUUUACAAGGGAAUCCUGAAUAAUGGAACACAAAUAGCUGUAAAAUCGCUUAGUGCUGAAUCAAAGCAGGGAGUUCGUGAAUUUUUAGCAGAAAUAAAUGCGAUGUCAAAUGUGAGACAUCGAAACCUAGUCGAGUUGAUCGGGUGUUGCGUUGAAGGAAGUCAUCGUAUUUUAGUGUAUGAAUUUUUGGAAAAUAACAGCCUUGACUCGGCACUUUUAGGUAAAAAAAUGCAUAUUGCAGAGCUGGACUGGAAACGAAGAUCUGAGAUCUGCAUUGGAACAGCACGUGGUCUUGCAUAUCUUCAUGAAGAACUUGAGCCACAUAUUGUGCAUAGAGACAUUAAAGCUAGUAAUAUACUUCUCGACAAACAUUUCACACCAAAAAUUGGAGAUUUUGGAUUGGCUAAACUUUUCCCAGAUACCAUCACUCAUAUAAGCACCAAAAUAGCUGGAACUACUGGUUAUUUGGCUCCUGAAUACGUAUUGGGAGGGCAGUUGACUUUGAAAGCGGACGUUUAUAGCUUUGGGGUUCUCGUUCUUGAGAUAAUUAGCGGUAGAGGCAGUUCAACGUCAGGCUGGGGUCCAUCACAGAAACUUCUAUUGGAAUGGGCGUGGGAGCUGUAUGAAGAGGAGAAACUGUUGGAGCUAGUGGAUCCAGAGCUAAAAACAUAUGAUUCGGAGGAAGUGAUAAAGUACAUAAAAGUAGCUUUCUUUUGUACGCAAGCAACCGCCAGCCGUAGGCCAAUCAUGAGCCAGGUUGUCGACAUGCUGUCAAGAAACAUUCGACUAAACGAAAAACAACUGACGCCGCCAGGUUUUUUCCAAGAUUCUAACGGGAAUAAAAAGGUUGAAGUUGGAAAAUACAGAUCAAACUUAUGUUCAAGAAAACAGGUUCCGUUUAAUGAUUUAAGAUCAAGUGGAAUUGAUAUGGUAGCACGAUAAAGUUUUGGUGUUGUCUCGGAUUGAUCAUGCAAGUUUUUUUUCACAAUUAGUCCCUCAACUUUUAAAUUACCUGUCAAUUACGCCAUGUUGAUCGUUUUUAGUCGGUUGUCCAAUUAUGAAACUUAUUUGGCAGUGCAAACGUGUGAGAGAAGUUAAAUUGUUACUGUAGCUACUCAGCCACAUCACAACCUGGUCAUCACACACCUAAUAAAUGAUAGAGAAAUCCACAAAAAAAGUCUCAAACUUUUACGAAAAAAUUCAAGAAAAUCCUAAAAGUUUUUUUUUUUUAAAUAGAAAAGUCUCGAUUAUUUAAUAUUUUGCCCAAAUUGAUAAAAAAAACCAUUUUUUAUAUUUGAACAACAAAUGACAGAUUAUAUGAUUUUCUCAAAAUAAUGAGACUUUUCUGUUAAAAAAAAGACUUUUAGG